AUGCCAGACAAUGAGAAUUCAUUAUCAAUACCACGCAAACGUCGCCGACCUGCACUGUCAUGCGAACAGUGCCGCCGCCGCAAAGUCAGAUGCGACCGGGAAAUGCCGUGCGGCCCAUGCAUGAAGUCCCAGCCAUCUUUAGAAUGUGAAUACGUCUACGAAGGAAAAGCAGCCUUGAAUGCUAGAAUUGACGCGUCAAGGCUCAGUGAGCACGAGUCACCGCCAUCUGCAGUGCGGAGCGUUACUGGACCAAGCGGCAGCACCACAGAUGGGGCUCGCAUCACUCAUCUGGAAGCUACUGUUCUGCAUCUUCAGAAUCGCGUGCAGACCUUGGAGGAAGCGGGCCAUGAACAUGCGACUCGGAUUCAGCGGUCACGAGGGUCUGAUGGAACGGGCUCAUCAUCCAAUGUCAGCAAGCUCGAUGAUCACAUUGCCGAUUUGGAGAAGCAAUUGGCCGAGGCGAAGGCGCAGAGGUCGGAGAUGCCACAGACAUCCAUUGCUCCACUUGCACCUCGUCUGAAAAAAGAUACGGGCGAUCGAACGAAGCUAUUUGGUACAACCCAUUGGGCACUUUUGUUCCAGCAGUUACGGCUUCUGAGGCAAUUACGCAGCAAAGCCAGUUACGUGGACGAGAACCAGGAUGAAGUUAGUAGUUCGCUGAAAGAGAUCCGAUCGAUACGGCGGUCAAUCAAAGCCCGACAGGCUCCGCGGCUCGUCAAUCCAGCCCAGGGUCUAUUGAGCGACUUGCCACCAAGGGAGCUUUGCGACAAGCUCAUACAACACUAUCUACGGACAUUGGGCUUAAUCUAUCGAGUGCUACAUGUUCCGACCUUCUUCGGAGACUAUGAGCGGUUUUGGAAAGAUUCUCAGUCAGUCUCCACUGGUUUUCAGAUGAAGCUUCUGUUGAUCCUCGCCAUCGGUUCUAUCUUCUACUGUAAGCCGGGCCCGUCAAACGAGCUAGGUAUUCCGGUACGGCGCUGGGUAUAUGCCGCACAUUGGUGGCUUUCAGGUCCCUCGGAGAAAGAUGCUGGGAAUUUGGAAGGCUUACAGGUUCACUGUCUACUGCUUCUCUGUCGCUUGGGAUAUGCCAUAGACAAGGAGACAACUUGGAACUCGGCUGGGAGCUUGCUUCGUCUUGCAGUCAAUCAAGGUCUUCACCGGGACCCCCGAAAUUUCUCGGCCUUGUCCGUUUUCGACGCUGAGAUGAGACGCCGUAUUUGGGCCACAGUACUCGAGAUCAAUGUGCAGCUCUCGAUCGAUACAUCCAUGCCACCGCUUUUCAGCUUAGAUGAUUUUGAUACUGAUCCACCCUCUAAUCUGGAUGACGAGGACUUUGACCAAGCUACGACUGUACUCCCGCCCUCGCAGCCUAAAGACUGGUACACACAUUCAUCGCUCCAGAUUCUCCUUUCUCAGUCCUUCCCGGCGCGACUACGCAUCGCUCGGAUCAUUAAUCAGCCCACUCAUAGACAGUGUUACGAGCCUACAUUACAUCUGGGCAGCGAAAUUGCCGCGUCUUGUAAAGAAAUGGCGGCUGCUUUCCAUAACUACUUCUCCCGCCCCGCCAAAAGCAGUUUCAGACCGACUCCUUUCCACCACCGACUUAUGGACAGUCUUCUCCACCGCUUUCUGCUCCAUAUAUACCGCCCAUUCGCUAUACAAGCCAUCAAAGACCCCAGAUUCUACCUGUCUCGAAAACUUAGCUUCGACUCUGCUCUCUCCAUCGCCUCAUACGCCGAAAGCCCCGAAGCAUCCCCAGGCGGCGACCACAUAGCAUACCAAGAUUUCCAACGCCUCUGUCUGUCCGGCGCAGGCCUCUUCAAAGGCCACCUGUCGCUUGAUGUUAUAAUUACAAUUGGUCUGGAACUCAUUACCCAGCUUGAAGAAGAAGUCGCGCAAUAUCCCUCGGCCACUGUUCUUGUUCCAGUCGAACCAAUAGCUGAAGCCUCUUGUGCCUUGCCUAUCAAGGCUCUUGAGAAAAUCAAAGAUCAACUCUGCCAAAGCUUGGAAGCAGGCAUACCGAGCAUGAAACGUCAUGGUUUACUCAGUGGGAUUCUUGCCCAGAUCACCGCGGUCCGUCGCGGGAACAAGCAACAUGGACUCACAUCAGAAAGGCGAUUAUGGAAAGUAUGCGGACUUGUCGAAUAUUACUCCUGA